AAAUAGGACCCUUAAAACUUGGAGGCGGCCAAUGAGGGUUAGCAGUAUGAUGUUUCUAAACUAUUAUAUUGUGUUAAUGGCUCAGUUUAAGCCAUGUCAAGUACAACGAAAAUAUAGGCAUUAAAAAUCUAUGAGAUGAAAAAUAAAUGAGAUAAUGCAUAAUUUAUAAUAAUAAAAUAGGUUUUGAUUUUCUAUUUCGAUAUUUAAUGUAAGGUUUAAUGUAUUUAUUGUGAAUGACUUAUUAUAUUUUGAGAAUAGGUAUAUAAAUACAAAAAAAACUCUGUUUGCAAUUUACGUUUGCGUGUGGGAUUUACAAGAUUGCAACGGUUUUCUAAAUUUCCUUUCAAAAAUACUUAUCGAUGCCGACGACCGAAAGUGCAAAGUAUUCAACUAAGGUCUAUAAAUUGACACGACAAGCGAAUGACGUUAGCCGCGAGUGGAACUGACAGCCCCUCGCACCAAAACAAAAAUUUCACGAUUUUGCUCGGCUUGCGAAAGAACCGUCCUCUGCGGGGAUCUGCGGUUCUGUUUUGUUUUUUCGGUAGUAGCAAACUCGCGUGAAUAUUCAACAUGAGCAGCCCCGCCAAAUUGCAAGAUCUUCCACCGAAGGGUGGCUAUCAGAACAUCCCCUUCAAGCGCGUGCCGGCGAAAACCUACUUCAAAGGAUGGCAAAUGAUCGCAGGCUAUGCCGGAAUCUCGACCGUCGGGCUGUUCCUGUACUGGUUGAACGUGAAGGAGAACCACCGGAACGAGAUUGAGAUGCGUUCGGCGCGAAACGUCAUCUAUCCGCUGCUGCUUGCCGAGCGCGACCGGGAGUACCUGAAGCAGCUGCGACGAAACCGUGACGAGGAGGCCGAACUGAUGAAGAAUGUCGAGGGCUGGGAGGUUGGCACGUGGUAUGGUGAGCCGGUGUUCAAGACGAUCCCGAAGGAUAAGUUGGUGGAGCCGACCUUCCAAGAGUUCUACGUCCAUACUGAUUACAAACAUAUGGCUCAGCGUUCCGAUGUUAAGUUGAUGAAUUAGGGAACCUUGUCGUUGGCCCUGAGUGUGGUUUGCAAUUGUAGAGGAAUGCGUUAUUAAAAAUAAAAUCAAUUGUCACCUCCGGUGAAAGUCAAAAA